AAUCAGCAGCUGAUUGUUCAGCUGUUUUCUUCCUUUUCCCCCGAUUCUCGUUUUUGAGAAGGACGUGAUUCCGUUUUGGAUUGACUAAUUCAUCCUUCAUCAUGGGUCGUGUGCGUACCAAGACCGUCAAGAAGGCCGCCAAGGUCAUCAUUGAGAAAUACUACACCAAGUUGAACUUGGAUUUCCACACCAACAAGCGGAUUAUCGAGGAAGUGGCCGUGAUCCCGUCCAAGCCGCUCCGCAACAAGAUCGCCGGAUUCAUCACGCAUUUGAUGAAACGCCUUCAGCGAUCCACCGUGCGCGGCAUCUCCAUUAAGCUCCAAGAAGAGGAGCGCGAGCGACGCGACAACUACGUGCCCGAUGUGUCCGCUUUGGAGCAAGAUAUCAUCGAGAUCGAUCAGGACACCAAGGAGAUGUUGAAGGCCAUGGAUCUCCAGAACAUCCCCGGACUACAGGUGACCACUGCCCGUGGCGGCGGAGGUGGUGGUGGAUUCCGAAACUGAGCUGGGAAGGCCACGUCAAUCGGUCUGCCAGCCUUCACUUUGCUUGUCCUUCUAUGUUUAAGUUUGGGUCCUUGGUGACUGAUGAUGAAUAAAGUCAGAGAGCCCGGCUAAAACCCA